AUGAGAGCCGUGGCCAGAAAUAGACUAAUGAACAACUUGUACCUCACGACGUUUGUGCUGACGUUUGCGUCCGUCGCUAUAGGGACAGUCUUGCCGUGUCCCGCACACUCUGUCGACUCAGACACACAUCUGAAUGAACAAAAACAGCAGCAGCUGCAGCAAGCUAAAAGGGAGGAAGACAAGGAGAAGCAAACGUGA